GUCUGACAGUGGCAAUGUUGUUUUUAAACCAAAACAAUUAAUUCUCCAAAAUUGUAAUUUUCAUGUUAAGUUUAGGGGUAUUUAUCAAUUUAAAACAAUUUACAGUGAAAUACGAACGAUGAUAACAUUUGAAUUUUUCCAAAUCUUAGGUUAUUCAUAUCAGAAAGACACAAUAGGGGAAUCAGACGCAAUCCAUCUUUCAGUUUGGAAUGGAGUAUUGUUACCAGGAAACACAGAAAACAAUUAGAUUCCUCAUCAUGCGGAGUUUUUACGUUGAAGUUGCAGAAAAUGUUCUUACAGAUAAUGACUUUAUGUUUGACUCAUCAAAAAGGGCUAUAAGAGCAUCAAGACACAUCAUUAGACAAGUUCUUGUUGAUAGCAGUGUUAAAGGAUUAUCACAACAACAGCAACCCAAGGCUAUGCCCCCAAGACCUAAACUCAGGAAACCGAAAUUAAAGGAAAAGGGCAUUGAAACAGCUUCAUCAUCAUGCACACAGGACAUCCAUUGGCUAUUUAUAUCGGUGUCAGCAAAGACAUGUUUACAGUGUCAAAGUCUGACUAGUGCCAUGUGUGAUGAUUUUGAUACAAUGCCAAUGACUAUCACCAGAGGAUUCUCAUCUGUGAAAGGACAGAACUUAGCAACAUUGUUUGAUGUCCACGUCAAACACAAACUGAAAGAGGUCAUAGAAAUGACUGAACUUCAAGGAAGUGCUAGCUAUUACAGUGCACAUUGGAGGCAUAUACGUUGGAUUACCGGUAUUUCAUUAGCAAAGCAUAUAGAAAUGAGGGAAGCCACAGCUGGGAUAUGCGAAAGACAGAACAUUUUUGGAAAUACUGUAAAUAUAAAUAUGUCUAAUCUUAACUAUUGGUUCAAUACUUUUUAG